CGAUAGAGUAGAGAGCUGGAAAAAAAGAAGAGAGGAAAAAGAAAAGGAGACCGUAGAGCACGAGAUCGUUUUCGAAGGUGGAGAAAAAAAAAACCGCACACAAAAGAGUGGGGUUUUUUAAAAAAAAAACGGAGACAGGAGGAUCGUGUAAUCACCGCAGAUGGUUUUUGCGCUCUGGUUUUGGUGAACGUUGCACCCCGGGGGCGCAGCGCACCGAUUGUGUGGAUCUGCAGGCGCUGGCAGGCGACACAGACGGAGAGAUGCUCAGGACGGACAACAGCCGCGGACAACGCGCUCUGAGAAGUGGACAGUAACGGGGGAAAAGAGAAAGACAUAAAAAAAAGGCACAAAAGCGAGGCUUCGACCGAGGAGCACAGCUGAGCACCAAAGAGACAAGAGAACAUAAAAAAAAUCUCCACCAAAGCUCCUCCUGCUGCUGCCGCUGCUGACUCCAUUUGUGGGAGUUUUAAGGGAGUUUGAAGACAGUACUUAACGUUAUCAGAUAAUUAAUUAGACACCCCAUAAGCCUGGAAAUCAAUUAAUUCACAAAUCAAUAAAUCCAUAGUCUGGUGUAACAAGAGACCUUCCAGACUGCUAGCUCCGACUGUUUAGCAACAAUAACAAGAAGAGGAGAGCGGCAACAACAACAACAAAACAACACAUUCCAGAUUUUAUUUUGUCGAAGAUGGACGGGGUCAGUCUGGGAGAGAUGUCCCUGCACACUCACACUCACUCGCACUCUGAUCUGGCUCACAGUCAGGAUGGCAGGGCCAUGCUGCACUCGCGAGACCUUUCAGCUGCUUUCCCCAGGCCUUCCCUUGGGGGCCCCUCCAUGUCCCUGGAGCCCGAGCCUCGUCCACCGGGCUUCGACCACUCCAUGUCGGCACUGGGCUACAGCGGCGACUCCCCGUCCAGCACGGGCAGCACCUACACCACCCUGACCCCCCUGCAGCCCUUUGAUGACAAGUUCCACCACCACCAUCACCACCAUCCCUGCCUGCCGGUCAGCAACGUCAUCGGCAGCUUCACCCUCAUGCGCGAGGACCGAGGCCUCAGCACCAACUUCUACAACCCUUACGGCAAAGACCUCGCCAUGACCCAAAGUCUGUCGCCGCCCACCACGGGCUCGGGCCUGAGCUCGACCAUGCACGGCUACGGCAGCCUGGGCAACAGCUCCAACGGCAACGGCGGUCAGAUGCUCCACGGCGGCUACGACGUCCAUGGGGGGAGCCUCUUCUGCAGGACGUCGGAUUUCGGCCGCGAGAUAUCGCCGCCGGGCCUGGGAGGAGGCGACGUGUCAUUGGGGCACCAGUUGAACAAAAUGGAGGCUCACCAGCACGCCACGGGCCACCACCCUCACAUCUACAGCCAGCACUACCAACCCCAUCAUCACCCCAGCCAUCAGACCUCCAAGGUGAGCGAGCACCUGCACUCCUCGUCGUCCGUGGCGUCCUCACCCGGUGAGGGCAUGCUCCCGGGGCUGCAGGGCGGCGGGGGAAGCAGCGGGGAGGAGAUCAACACCAGGGAUGUGGCCCAGAGGAUCAUCACCGAGCUGAAGAGGUACAGCAUCCCCCAGGCCAUCUUCGCCGAGAGGGUUCUGUGUAGGUCACAGGGCACACUGUCUGACCUCCUGAGGAACCCCAAGCCCUGGGGCAAGCUCAAGUCCGGCCGCGAGACCUUUAAGAGGAUGUCCCGCUGGCUCCAGGAGCCAGAGUUUCAAAGAAUGGCCUCACUCCGGCUGGAGGCCUGCAAGCGAAAGGAGCAAGAGCAGAGCAAGCUGGAGCGCAAUCAAGGCCCAAAGCGCACCAGGCUGGUGUUCACGGACCUGCAGCGGCGCACGCUCCUGGCCAUCUUCAGGGAGAACCACCGCCCGACCAAAGAGCUGCAGGUGACCAUCGCCCAGCAGCUGGGCCUGGAGCUCUCCACCGUCAGCAACUUCUUCAUGAACGCCCGCCGACGUAACCUCAACAAGUGGGCAGACGAGGGCCGCCCUUCCUCCACGGGCUCCUCAGGCUCCAGCGUCUCCUCCUCCGCAGUGUCCUGCAGCACGGCGUGAUGACGGACCGCCGAGCAGGUGCGGUGGGGAGGGCGCCGAGGGAGCAAGGGGGCACAUAGACUGGUCUAAGCAGAGAUCGGCCGUCAUAAAAUGUCCUCCUCGUUAUCAGAAGGAGCGACGGAGCCAGCCUGUUGUAGAUGAUAUUACGAAGAUGAAGCAUUUUCCUAAACCAAAGUCGAUCGCUCCCUUGAAAUGGAAGGGGGGCGAUACCCAGAGUGAUAUGAGUGCGGGGCGCGAGGUCCCGCUUGUAUAGUCCAAGGGUGCAAAGAUGAUUUGACUCGGAAGAGUCACGCCCUUACAUAGACGCCAUCUCAUUGCAUUAUUUUGAUUAUGUAGAUUAGCGAUAAUGAGGGUAUUACAAAUCAGGAGGAAACAUAUUUUUUGGUGUACCUUCAAAAUCUAUCGUCAUCUCUCCAAACGUGAAGAAUCAAGAGAUGUCGUGUUGCUCACAUCUGGAGAGCUCCAUUGUGUCACAUCUUAAUCAAAAACUGCUCAUCCAAAGACGUUAAUCCCCCCCCCCCGCCCGCCCCCAAGUGUGGUCUGCAGAUGCGGCCCUGUUUUUUCCUCGAGAAUCAAGGUGAAAGAGGAAGAAGAGGCGAUUUUUUUAUUUAUUUAUUUACUUAUUUAUCUAUCUCUGUUGUUUUUUUUGUUUUUUUGAAGAAGAACUUGAUAUCCCAAUUUGUUAGCAUGUGUUUCCAUGGUGAUGGUUUCCCACGUCCGCGUGGCGCUGUUCCAAGUCUCGGAGCCUGGAAUUACCGGGAGGGCUCUGCAGCGUCCGUGACUUCCCAACUGUCAAUCAAUUACCAUCAACCUGAGCCUUUUCCUGUGCUUUGUGAAGACGCUCCCACCUCGAAUGAAUCAGAGUUUUCGAGGAGGGGGAGGGGGGGGGGCGAAACCGCAGCGCAGCUCACCGUAAUGCCAGGACAAGAAUCAAUAAACACAGCCAGAAAAAAAACGGACUAGCUAUAAAGACUCUCGCCGAGCUUCCAAACGAAAGCUCCAGCCAUUUUUUUUUGACUCAAAAUCAAGCCAAAAAAAAAAAGAACAAAACAAAAAAAAUGAAGGAGGAGCUUCUGAAGGCGAAGCGGGGAGGAGGAGGAGGUACAACCCGACACAAUGUAUAGUGACAUUGUAGACGUUUUUUCUCCACUCAUUUUCAAACUGUGCUCACCUCUGCUCCAUGUUUCAAUCUUUUUUUACAGAUGUCUAGAGAAAAAAAAAAAAAUUUGGAGGAAUGUGAUUCUUUCAGCCCUUUUUGUACAGAUUUCAAGCACAUCACUCUAUUUAUAGACACACACGUUUUGGAAGCGCGGGGCAAAUUAUUUCCCGCCCCGCUGACGUACGUACAAGGUCAUUUUUUGGUCGACAAAGGAACGGCUUUAACACGCCUCCUUAUAGCCAGUCGUUUAAAAAUCAAAAACCCGAGGACGUUUCAAAUGCAAUUGCUGAUCUGAUCAACAUAUUUAUUACUGCAUUUGUGUAUUUAUUGUUUCCCCAUUUACUUUCCCUCUUUCUAAUUUAUUUGGUUAUUUAUUUAUGCUAUCUAUAUACUGUAAGUAUUUAUUUAAACGAUGCUCUGUAUGUCUGUGUGAAACUGAAGACUUUUUUCUGAUGGGCACUUUUAGCUGUAGAAUCCCAUCGUAAUACCAAAGAUUAACAUUGCUUCCCUGAAUGUACGGCCUGAAUCCCCGAAACCCUUGUACCUGACCCCCGACCCCGAUCCAUCCCCGAACACCCAGUGAUGUUACGUAUCUCCCUCUAUCUCCGAGGCCUGGCCUUUGUUUUUUCUUGUUUUUUUUUUUUUUUUGUAGAAUAUCUGGGGUUUUCUUUACUCUCGCGAUUGUCUCUGCGGUCAGCUCUUAACGCCAAGGCCAAAGCUUGUUUGAAUGUUGUGAUAAUAUUGAUAAUUGAUAACAGUAUUAAUAAGAAUAAUAAUGAUG